CAAUCAGUGUAUGACAAAACACAUGGUUGGGGCGAAUAUUGAAAACCACUGAGUUCAGUUUGGUGUAAAUUGUGAAAAGAAGAAAGAGAAUCUCAGAAGGAGAGCAAGAUGUUACCCAGAUUGUUACUUUUUCUGGGUUUACUGAUGGUUUUUAGUGGAGAGGAAGGAAGAAUGGUCCAGGCAGCUGUCAUAUCCAUUGAUUUUAGUAGUGAAUGGUUUAAAGUAGCUUUAGUUAAGCCUGGUGUACCAAUGGAAAUUGUAUUGAAUAAAGAGUCAAAGAGGAAGACAGCAGCUAUUGUGGCUUUUAGAAACGAAGAGAGACUAUUCUCAGAUCACGCUUCAACUGCUGCUGUUAAAUAUCCAAAAAGUGCUUAUUCGUAUCUACAAUUAUUGAUCGGUCUAUCGUAUGACAAUCCACUGGUUGCCAAGUACAAGGAAUGGUUUCCUUAUCACGAUAUUAGAAAAGAUGAAGAGAGAGGUACUAUUCUAUUUCGUCAUGAUGAGAACACUGAUUUUACUCCUGAAGAAUUGCUUGGGAUGUUGUUCAAUCAUUCAAGGGAAUUGGCACAAGACUAUGCUGGAACCAAUAUAAGAGAUGUUAUCAUUACUAUUCCAGCUUUCUUUAAUCAAGCACAGAGGAGAGCUGUAAUAAGUGCUGCUCAGCUGGUCGGCCUUAAUGUCCUUCAAUUAAUGACUGAUGGAGCAGCUGUGGCUCUUAACUACGGUCUCUAUAGACAAGCGUCUUUCAAUACGACUCCAUUUUACAUAAUGUUUUUUGAUAUGGGAUCUACCAACACUAUUGCGACCAUAGCAGAGUUUAAAAAGACUCAGGUCAGAGAAGGUUCUCAGGCUCACAUUCAUCCUCAGGUUCGUGUCAAAGGUGUCGGGUUCGAUAGGACGUUAGGCGGACUAGAGAUGGAGAUGAGACUCCGCGACCACCUGGCACAAAUAUUCAUGUCCCAGCAUAAAACUGAAGGUAAGAUUACAGAGUCUCCUCGUGCUAUGGCUAAGCUACUUAAAGAAGCAAAAAGAGUCAAAAAAGUUUUAAGUGCCAACACAGAAAUAUACUCACAAGUUGAAGGAUUGUUUGAGGACAUUGACUUUAAGGCAAAAGUGACACGCGUCGAAUUUGAGGAAAUGUGCUCUGACUUGUUUGAUCGGUUAGCUGGGCCUGUUGAGCAAGCUCUAAGAGUUGCUGAUAUAACACUGGGUGAGAUAGAGUCUGUGGUACUAGUUGGAGGUGGUACUAGAGUACCCAAAGUACAGGAGUUACUACUGAAGGCUGUCAAAAAGACUGAGUUGGGUAGAAAUAUCAAUACUGAUGAGGCAGCUGCUCUAGGUGCUGUGUACCAAGGAGCUUCACACACUAAGUUGUUUCGAGUGAAGAAGUUCAUAGUUAAAGAUGCUAAUGUGUACCCUAUACAGGUUUCAUUUGAUAAGCAGAAUACUGACGCUGAAGGGAAGCCAUACACAAAGAGUGUCACUCGUACUUUAUUCAGUUCUGGUAAUCAAUAUCCGCAGAAGAAGGUCCUGACGUUCAAUCGGUACUCUAGCGAUUUCAAGUUUGAUGUUUUUUAUGGAGACGUUGAUUUUCUUAGCCAGCAGGAAAGAGAGUCUGUUGGCCAUCAUAAUAUCACUGAAGUUCAUUUGGGUGAAAUAGAAAAGGCAUUAUCCGAUAAUCCUGAGGGCAGUCCAAGUGGCAUUAAAGUUCACUUUAGGAUGGAUGAUAGUGGACUCCUAGCACUGGACUCUGCUGAAUCAUUGUUUGAGUAUCCUCAAUUAGAAGAAGAGUCAACUUUUUCAAAAUUAAAGAAUGCUUUCUCUAAUCUGUUUGGAGGAUCAGAAGAGGAAGAAGGUAAAAAUAAAACUGAAGGAGAAAGCAAAGAGACUGAGACUGGUAAAGAGGAAACAGGAAAAGAAGACAAGCCUACAGGAGAAGAGACAUUGAAGGAAGCAGACAAAGAGAAAGGAGGGGAUCCACCAACUGAAGACAAAAGGGAACAAGACUCUGGAGAAUCCAAUAAAAAAGAAACUGAAGCUUCGAAUGAAGGAAUGACUAAAGAAGACACGCCCUCUGAUUCUGAUAAUGACACACCCACUAAAGGAGACACAGCCUCAGAUAAUGACACAACAGCCAAAGAGGAUAUACCUUCGGAUAAUGAUGACACACCCACUAAAGAAGAAAGUCCAUCGACUGAUGAUGACACACCCACAAAAGAAGACUCACCUGAUGAUAAAGGCACCUCCUCUGAUGAUAAUGAAGAGAAUGUUCCACCAUCACAAGAAGAAGAGGAGGAAGAGAUAAACGAGCCAACCGCACCCGCUAGUAAUGCCAGCACACUCAACGUCUCCUCUUCAGUUAAUGGCACCAGCCCUAACAAUGCUUCAGCUAAUGCUACAGCUAAGGAAAGUAAAGACACUGCAAAGAUGAGGACGGUCAAAGUUAAUUUGACGUCAGUUGUGACACAGCUUGACCUACAUGACCUAUCUGAUAAAGGAAGAGAAAUCUCAGUAACAAAAUUAAAAUGGCUGCAGCAACGCGACGAAGAAAAGAGACUUAACGAAAUGGCAAAGAACACCCUCGAGUCUCACAUAUUUGAAACUCAAGACAAAAUGUAUUCUGAAGAAGUGAACAUUCAUUCGACCGAAGAGGAACGCUCGUCGAUACUUGAUGCACUGAAGACUACAGGGGAAUGGCUAGAGGACGAUGGAUAUGAAGCAGCAACUGAGAUCUACCAACAGAAGUAUCGUGAGCUCAAGAGAUUGUCAAGGCCAGUCUUCCGUAGGCUGAAGGAAGCUUUGAAACGGCCCAAGUUAAUCCAGGAUCUUAUUAUUGGUCUUAAUCGAUCCUACGCCAUGAUACUCUACAUGAGGAAUAUGAGCGAAGAUAUCUUUACUGAAGUGGAGAUCAAGACACUUGAAGACUUGACUAUGGAAACACUGAAAUGGUACAAAGAAACAGAAGAGCUUCAGAAUAGCACCAAACCUUAUGAAGAUCCCAUCAUGCUCUGCUCUGAUAUUGAGGACAAGACUGCAAAACUAAGCAGAGAAAUGAUGUACCUUGUAAACAAAGCCAGGAACUACAGACCUCCUAAACCUAAAACUUCUAAAAGUAAAUCCAACUCAACUAAAACGGAGUCGGGAAAGAAUAAGACAAAGACGGCUGAUCCUGAGGAUGUGAGCAAUACAACGGAGUAUCCUAGUGACAGUCCUGGUAGCGAUGAUACUCUUCCUCCUGAUUUUAAUGAGGAACUACCACCUCCUCCAACUGAUAGUGAAACGGAAAAGGAGCCUCCUUCAAAAAAUGAAAAGGAGAAGGAAGAGUCAUCAGAAGAGCCUGAAGUUUUAACGUUACCGCCAGCAGCAGAUGGUGAAGAGGCUCAUGGAGAACUUUAAAAAAAUUUCAACUCAUUGUUAUUAUCAAGUUAUUUAUUAUUAUUGUUCUUUUUUAGGAUACAGGUUUUUCACUGUACUAUUUUAUAUUAA